CCCUAAUAAAAAGCCAAAUUAGUUGGUCAUUCUAAUACAGUUAAUUCAGUCAAUUUUUCUCCUUAUGGUACUACAUUAGCAUCUGGUAGUUUGGAUAACUCUAUCCGUUUAUGGGACUUUAAGACAGGAUUAUAAAUCAUAUCUUCAGAUAAUAAUUACACAGAUAUUUUAGCUUAAUUUUCACUUCAAAUUUUCAACAACAGCUCUCUUCAAGAAAGUGUUAAUUCUAGUGUUACUAUCCUUCUAAUAUCACAAUAGCUAAUCUUUUAAUCAUAAGGUGCUUUAAUUUUGAAAGGUGAAUUUAUAGAUCAAGCUGGAAUUGACUUGAAGACAUUAUUUUAAUACAAAGGAAGUUGCAUUUUAGAAAACUAAAUUGGAUUACAAUAAUGA